AUGCUCAGAGUCCUCUCCAUGAAGGGCAUGAUCCUGUUGAAGGUGUUCAUAUAUCUCCAAUAUGGAGUAAGUUUAUGCUUUUCUUCGAUAUCUAUCUAUCUAUCUAUCUAUCUAUCUAUCUAUCCAGGUCUGUUCAUUUUUUCUAUCUAUCUAUCUAUCUAUCUAUCUAUCUAUCUAUCUAUCUAUCUAGCCAGGUCUGUUCAUUUUAUAUCUAUCUAUCUAUCUAUAUCAUCUAUCUAUCUAUCUAGCCAGGUGUGUUCAUUUACAUCCAUCUAUCUAUCUAUCUAUCCAUCUAUCUAUUCAUCUAUUAUCUAUCUAUCUAUCUAUCUGUUAUCAUAUCUAUCUAUCUAUCUAUCUAUCUAUCUAUCUAUCUAUCUAUCUAGCCAGGUCUGUUCAUUUUCUAUCUAUCUAUCUAUCUAUAUCUAUCUAUCUAUCUAUCUAUCUAGCCAGGUCUGUUCAUUUUCUAUCUAUCUAUCUAUCUAUUCAUCUAUCUAUCUAUCUAUCUAUCUAUCUAGCCAGGUCUGUUCAUUUUUUCAUCUAUCUAUCUAUCUAUCUAUCUAUUCAUCUAUCUAUCUAUCUAUCUAUCUAGCCAGGGACAACGGGAAAAGAAAUAAAUCUACCGCUGAAGACUAG